CGGCUUCUAAAUGCCAAGAAAUUGAUGGUGCUGAAUUAUCAGAUACUUUUUUAAGUACGAAAUAGAUUUAUUUUAUUAUUUCUCGAAAAUUACAAUUACUGUAAUGACAUUACCAAUUAUCGGGUUACCAAUAAUUGCUGAAGCGACAAAUGAUUUUAGGCAAUGCCAGAAAAUUAAUUCGUCACAUUGUUGUUUCAGAGCCGAGCAAAUCAAUCAUCUUUCAGAAAAUAUCCGGACAAGGGGAACACUGGUACAUCACAGGAACAAACAUUUGUUGCAAAUGGUCCCGAAAGCAACAAAACAUGGUUGUAACUGAUUUAUUGACUACGUAUUGAAUAAAAUAUUACAUAACAGGGUUUUUUUAUUGACCCGAUAUAUUUGGUGAAUGCAAUCAUUAAGAGUCAAAUAUCGGAGAAAUUCCUCAUAGUUUGUGUGCUCAUACCGCUAGGUGGACAGCUGAAUUUAUCUCCAUAACCUAUCAUUGCAGUUUCCAUUCUAAGGGGUUAUGUUCUGUGAUGUACAUAACCUCUGUUCACGUGAUGUAAUAUAAACAAAAUUUAUCUCAAAGUUUUAGGAAAAACUAAAACAAUGCUCAAAAGAAUGGUAUCAAGAAAUGUAAAAGCUUGUGUACUUGUGGGAUCAGCAACGGCUGUCGCCUUUAUUGCAGGAAAAUAUUAUGAGAGAAACACCCUUACGGUUCAUCUAUCGCCUCAACCUGCUUUGCCUGUAUUUGGUUCAGUUUCAGCUGCACAAGAUGCAUGCUCGCUAUCUGCAAAAACAUCAUUCCUCGAUAGACUUUUGUCAAAAAAUGUCUGGUCUAUUGAAGCUGCUUCGCCAUUAACUGAAAAUGGGAAUCCACAAAUUGUACCGAGAAACUCUAGUAGAAUUAGCCAGAUUAUGAAAUAUGGUUAUCCAAGCUUAGACAAUGUAAUUUCGUACAAUGAUUAUAUAUUGAGUUAUGAUAGAAGAAAUAAAGUGGCUAAUUGGGUGUUUGAACACUUAACAGCAGAAUCUGUCAAGGGAAAUGAAAAGGUUGACCGAUCAAAAUGCAAUUUUGUAGAGGCACAACAUGUUCAUCCAUAUUUCAGAUCCCGCAACUCAGACUACAAAGGUUCAGGGUAUGACAGGGGUCAUUUGGCAGCUGCAGGAAAUCAUAAAGCCUGCCAGCAACACGUCGAAGAGACAUUUUAUCUUACAAAUAUGGCGCCACAGGUGGGAAAAGGUUUUAAUCGCGAUUCUUGGAAUAGGUUGGAGAAAUAUGUCAGGAAGUUGACUAAGAGGUACCCUAAUGUGUAUUGCUGUACUGGUCCCUUAUAUUUGCCAAAGAAAGAAUCAAAUGGAAAAAUGUAUGUGAAGUAUGAAGUUAUUGGAAGUCAGCAUGUUGCCGUUCCCACACAUUUCUACAAGAUGGUUGUGGGAGAAAACCAAGACGGAAGCCUGGAGAUGGAAUGUUAUGUAAUGGAGAAUACUGUAAUUGAUGACAAUAUAUCUUUACAGAGUUUUCAGAUUAACACAGUGUGUACCUAAAUAAAAGUUGUGCCGUUAUGAGCUGUGGAUUAUAUUACAUUCUAUUUUCUCCAAUUUUGAGCCAUCUUGACAAGUGCUUAUAUGAGCAUUAUUAGGCAUUACAUGAAUAGCGCAACAAAAAUGUUUUGAUUUGGUUCUAAACCUUCCGGGACGCAGCCUGUCCAAUUUAAGACGAAGUCGAGAAUAUAUAAAGUUGUCAACAGCAAAUAUUUAUUAUAAUUAAAAACAUGUAAUUUUUUAUAUUUUUUGUAUGUUCAGAACUUUUUCGACGUUUCUACAGAUGAUUUUUUUACAUUUUGUUUUCAUGGGAUUACACGUUAUCAUUUCAAAUUUUGUUAUUACAAUGCGAUAAUAUAAAUGUACUUUCAGCACCUUAUUAUGGUGCAAGUAGGUUCUAUGCAAACAUAUCUAUGUAUUUUAGGUUCCACCUGAAUUGGUUGAAAAAUCAGCAGGACUCCUCUUUCUUAACAAUGUACUGAAGGCUAGGAUUCAAAGUAUUAAUGGAAAGAAAGUUUGACUGUUAUGCGUUUAAUGUCGUUUUAAGCCGUGUUACGGUUCAAGAGUUUUAACUCAAUUAUUUUAACCAAUUAUGUACAAUUUUAAAAUGCUGAUCAAUAUACGUAUCACUAGAUACAAAUCUUCAUA